AUGGUAUUUUUUUUAGCAGGUCAGAUUGUUUCCCCACAAUCUGCUCCAGCCUGUGUUGAGAACAAAAAUGAUGUGAGCAGAGAAAAUAGCACUGUUGACUUCAGCAAGGUUGACUUACAUUUCAUGAAAAAGAUACCACCUGGAGCUGAAGCAUCAAACAUCUUAGUUGGUGAGCUGGAAUUCCUGGACCGUGCAGUUGUUGCUUUUGUUAGGUUAUCGCCUGCGGUGCUGCUUACAGGACUAGCUGAAGUUCCAAUUCCAACUAGAUUUUUGUUUAUUCUUCUUGGGCCAUUGGGUAAAGGGCAACAAUAUCAUGAGAUUGGAAGAUCGAUUGCAACACUGAUGACAGAUGAGGUGUUCCAUGACGUUGCUUACAAAGCAAAAGACCGCAAUGACUUGGUGUCUGGAAUUGAUGAGUUUCUUGAUCAGGUUACAGUUCUCCCUCCUGGAGAAUGGGACCCAACAAUUCGAAUAGAACCACCUAAAAACGUUCCUUCUCAGGAGAAGCGUAAGAUUCCAGGAGUACCAAAUGGGACUGCAGCUCAUGGGGAACCAGAACAUCCUGGAGGACACUCUGGACCAGAAUUGCAACGCACUGGAAAAUUUUUUGGUGGAUUGAUUUUAGAUAUAAAAAGAAAGGCUCCAUUCUUCUGGAGUGACUUCAGGGAUGCUCUCAGUCUACAGUGUCUGGCAUCGUUUUUGUUUCUCUACUGUGCUUGCAUGUCUCCUGUCAUCACGUUUGGUGGUCUACUGGGAGAAGCAACUGAAGGUCGUAUAAGUGCAAUAGAAUCGCUGUUUGGAGCGUCCAUGACUGGAAUUGCCUACUCUCUCUUUGGUGGACAGCCUCUCACUAUACUUGGCAGUACGGGACCAGUUCUAGUGUUUGAGAAGAUUUUAUUCAAAUUUUGCAAAGAGUAUGGGUUAUCAUACCUUUCCCUGAGAGCUAGCAUUGGUCUGUGGACUGCAAUCCUGUGCAUCAUCCUUGUUGCAACUGAUGCAAGCUCCCUGGUCUGUUACAUUACCCGGUUUACUGAAGAAGCUUUUGCUUCUCUUAUCUGCAUAAUUUUCAUUUAUGAGGCCUUAGAGAAGCUAUUUCAUCUCAGUGAGACAUAUCCAAUCAACAUGCAUAAUGAUUUGGACCUGCUGACUAAGUACUCAUGCAAUUGUGUGGAACCAGAGCAUCCUAGCAAUAAAACCUUAAGAUACUGGCAGGACUACAAUAUAUCUGCAUCUGAUGUGCCAUGGGGGAACCUAACUGUGUCAGAAUGUAAAAAACUUCACGGAGAAUUUGUUGGACGAGCCUGUGGUCACCAUGGUCCUUAUGUUCCAGAUGUCCUUUUCUGGUCUGUCAUCUUAUUUUUUUCUACAGUAACUCUGUCAUCCACACUGAAGCAGUUCAAAACUAGCCGAUACUUCCCAACAAAGGUACGAUCUGUUGUCAGCGAUUUUGCUGUCUUUCUCACUAUUUUGUCCAUGGUUUUGAUUGACUAUGCCAUUGGGAUCCCAUCACCAAAACUUCAAGUUCCAAAUGCUUUUAAGCCCACCAGAGAUGAUCGUGGAUGGUUUAUUACUCCUUUGGGACCUAAUCCUUGGUGGACAGUGAUAGCUGCUGUAAUUCCAGCCCUGCUUUGUACUAUCCUUAUUUUUAUGGACCAGCAGAUUACAGCUGUCAUUAUAAAUAGAAAAGAGCAUAAACUAAAGAAAGGGUGUGGAUACCAUCUCGACUUACUCAUGGUGGCAGUCAUGCUUGGAGUGUGUUCCAUUAUGGGAUUGCCGUGGUUUGUUGCAGCCACUGUCCUCUCUAUUUCUCAUGUGAACAGCUUAAAACUGGAAUCAGAGUGUUCUGCUCCAGGGGAACAGCCGAAAUUUCUUGGAAUCCGGGAGCAGAGAGUCACAGGGCUCAUGAUUUUUGUACUCAUGGGCUCAUCUGUCUUUUUGACAAGUAUUCUGAAGUUUAUCCCUAUGCCAGUACUUUAUGGAGUAUUCCUUUACAUGGGUGCUUCAUCUCUAAAGGGAAUUCAGCUUUUUGACAGGAUAAAAUUAUUCUGGAUGCCUGCAAAGCAUCAGCCGGAUUUUAUUUAUCUGAGGCAUGUUCCUCUUAGAAAAGUCCAUCUCUUCACUGUAAUUCAGCUGAGUUGUCUUGUACUCCUGUGGAUUAUAAAGGUUUCAAGAGCUGCCAUUGUCUUUCCCAUGAUGGUCUUAGCUUUGGUAUUUGUCCGAAAACUCAUGGAUUUUUUUUUCACUAAACGGGAGCUCAGUUGGUUAGAUGAUUUGAUGCCUGAGAGCAAGAAAAAGAAACUAGAAGAUGCUGAAAAAGAGGAAGAGCAAAGUAUGUUAGCGAUGGAAGAGGAAGGGACUGUUCAGUUGCCACUAGAAGGACAUUACAGAGAUGAUCCAUCUGUGAUAAACAUUUCUGAUGAGAUGGCAAAAACUGCUGUGUGGAAGACACUGUUGAUAUCCUCGGAGAAUGCAAAAGAUAAGGAGUCAAGCUUUCCUUCUAAAAGGUUUUAA